AUGGAUUUUAUAUCACUUCUCAGCUUAUAUCCUGCAACGGGUGCCAUUGUUGUGAUACUGUUGAUCCUGUUGGUCAGUAGGUCACUUCAAAGGCCGGCGAAUAUCCCACCUGGUCCAUCUGGUUACCCUAUCAUAGGGUGUAUGCCUCUCCUAAGAAAUGCGAACCCAUUGGAUGUGUUUCGAAAACUCCGAGCCCAAUAUGGCGACGUAUUUAGCUUGAAGAUUGGACCAAACCUCAACGUGAUUAUAAAUGGAUCUGAUGCAUUAAAAGAAGCUUUUGUCAAACGUGCAGAUGAAUUCUCUGACCGACCAGGCAGCUUUAUCUCAGAACGACUGUUUCAAAACAAGGGUAUUGGGGCAUCUUCCGGUGAAUAUUGGAAACAAACCAGGACAUAUUCAAUAUCGAUAUUACGCAAUUUAGGAUUUGGGAAAAGAUCGCUCGAAUCAAGAGUCCAAGAAGAGGUGACUGCUUACUUGGACAUUAUCGAGAAACAAGAUGGCCGACCUUACGAUGUGAAGGAGGUGACCGUACUGGCCAUAUCAAACAUCAUUUGUAGCAUUACGUUUGGAAACAGAUUUGAAUUCAGUGAUACUAAAUUCAAGCGAUUAACAUCUCUUUUCGCUGAGAACUUCCGGUUAAAUACAGUGGGAGGGGCCAUAAGAUCGUUUCCUGGAUUGCGACACCUUCCUGGAGAUAUGUUCAGCAUAAACAAAAUGAUAAAAAAUGUAGAAGAUAUCAAAGCUUUUGUCGGUGAACAAAUACUUGAACAUAGAAACACAUUUGAAGAGGAGAAUGAACGCGAUUUCAUAGACGCGUUUCUGUCAGAGCAAAAGAAACAUGACAAAGAAGACCCUAUAUUUGACGAUAUGAAUUUAACAGCGAUCGUCAUCAACCUAUUUAUUGCUGGGACCGAUACAACUGCUACAAUGAUUCGAUGGGCCAUUAUUUACCUUAUUUAUAACAAAGACAUCCAGGACAAACUUCGACAGGAGAUAGAGACAGUUGUCGGGACGUCUAGACUACCGUCACUUGCCGACAAAUCUAGUAUGCCUUACUAUGAAGCGUUUAUAACAGAGGUGUUCCGGAUGGGCAACAUUGUUCCUCUUUCUGUGCCUCACGGAGCCAAGAAGGACAUCACAUUUCGCGGUAUGGUUAUCCCCAAAGGGUCAGUUAUAAUACCAAACCUUGACUCCGUUAUGAAAGACCCGGACUUAUUUGAAAAUCCUGACAAAUUUCAACCCGAAAGGUUUCUAGGAGAUGACGGGCGACUUAAUGGCAAGGAAAGGACAGUCAUGGCCUUUUCGCUAGGGCGGCGUAUUUGUGUUGGGGAAUCUUUGGCCAGGAUCGAACUAUUUCUCUACAUCACAUCAUUGUUGCAAAGGUUCGAGAUUUUGCCGGAGAGGCAAGACAAGUUCCCAUCAUUCGAAGCUACAUUGGGACUAGCACGAGCCUCUAAGGACUACAAAUGUCGCUUUAUGAAGCUUUACUAAGUGGAAACAUUUCUUCACUCAGUAAUGUUAUUGUGUUUUUGUUGUUUUCUAAUUUGUCGCUUUGAAUC